AUGUAUUAUGAGCAGACAGGAAAUGAAUCAAUAAAAAGCAAAUGGUUAUUGCAUGAUGAUGAUGAUGAUGAUGAUGAUGAUGAUGAUGAUGAUGAUGAUGAUGAUGAUGAUGAUGAUGAUGAUGAUGAUGAUGAUGAUGAUGAUGAUGAUGAUGAUGAUGAUGAUGAUGAUGAUGAUGAUGAUGAUGAUGAUGAUGAUGAUGAUGAUGAUGAUGAUGAUGAUGAUGAUGAUGAUGAUGAUGAUGAUGAUGAUGAUGAUGAUGAUGAUGAUGAUGAUGAUGAUGAUGAUGAUGAUGAUGAUGAUGAUGAUGAUGAUGAUGAUGAUGAUGAUGAUGAUGAUGAUGAUGAUGAUGAUGAUGAUGAUGAUGAUGAUGAUGAUGAUGAUGAUGAUGAUGAUGAUGAUGAUGAUGAUGAUGAUGAUGAUGAUGAUGAUGAUGAUGAUGAUGAUGAUGAUGAUGAUGAUGAUGAUGAUGAUGAUGAUGAUGAUGAUGAUGAUGAUGAUGAUGAUGAUGAUGAUGAUGAUGAUGAUGAUGAUGAUGAUGAUGAUGAUGAUGAUGAUGAUGAUGAUGAUGAUGAUGAUGAUGAUGAUGAUGAUGAUGAUGAUGAUGAUGAUGAUGAUGAUGAUGAUGAUGAUGAUGAUGAUGAUGAUGAUGAUGAUGAUGAUGAUGAUGAUGAUGAUGAUGAUGAUGAUGAUGAUGAUGAUGAUGAUGAUGAUGAUGAUGAUGAUGAUGAUGAUGAUGAUGAUGAUGAUGAUGAUGAUGAUGAUGAUGAUGAUGAUGAUGAUGAUGAUGAUGAUGAUGAUGAUGAUGAUGAUGAUGAUGAUGAUGAUGAUGAUGAUGAUGAUGAUGAUGAUGAUGAUGAUGAUGAUGAUGAUGAUGAUGAUGAUGAUGAUGAUGAUGAUGAUGAUGAUGAUGAUGAUGAUGAUGAUGAUGAUGAUGAUGAUGAUGAUGAUGAUGAUGAUGAUGAUGAUGAUGAUGAUGAUGAUGAUGAUGAUGAUGAUGAUGAUGAUGAUGAUGAUGAUGAUGAUGAUGAUGAUGAUGAUGAUGAUGAUGAUGAUGAUGAUGAUGAUGAUGAUGAUGAUGAUGAUGAUGAUGAUGAUGAUGAUGAUGAUGAUGAUGAUGAUGAUGAUGAUGAUGAUGAUGAUGAUGAUGAUGAUGAUGAUGAUGAUGAUGAUGAUGAUGAUGAUGAUGAUGAUGAUGAUGAUGAUGAUGAUGAUGAUGAUGAUGAUGAUGAUGAUGAUGAUGAUGAUGAUGAUGAUGAUGAUGAUGAUGAUGAUGAUGAUGAUGAUGAUGAUGAUGAUGAUGAUGAUGAUGAUGAUGAUGAUGAUGAUGAUGAUGAUGAUGAUGAUGAUGAUGAUGAUGAUGAUGAUGAUGAUGAUGAUGAUGAUGAUGAUGAUGAUGAUGAUGAUGAUGAUGAUGAUGAUGAUGAUGAUGAUGAUGAUGAUGAUGAUGAUGAUGAUGAUGAUGAUGAUGAUGAUGAUGAUGAUGAUGAUGAUGAUGAUGAUGAUGAUGAUGAUGAUGAUGAUGAUGAUGAUGAUGAUGAUGAUGAUGAUGAUGAUGAUGAUGAUGAUGAUGAUGAUGAUGAUGAUGAUGAUGAUGAUGAUGAUGAUGAUGAUGAUGAUGAUGAUGAUGAUGAUGAUGAUGAUGAUGAUGAUGAUGAUGAUGAUGAUGAUGAUGAUGAUGAUGAUGAUGAUGAUGAUGAUGAUGAUGAUGAUGAUGAUGAUGAUGAUGAUGAUGAUGAUGAUGAUGAUGAUGAUGAUGAUGAUGAUGAUGAUGAUGAUGAUGAUGAUGAUGAUGAUGAUGAUGAUGAUGAUGAUGAUAAUCAUAAUAUUACAUUUUGA